CUAGACUGCGUAUCGACGCAUCAUUUUUCUGCCGGCUUUAUUUACAAAUAAACAAAUUGCAAACAUGCCGAAAAAUCCAGGCUAUCGUAACAAUAAUAAUGGACCGCGCAAACGUCAAGCACAGCUGGAUGAGCAGAAUCCCGUUGUGCAAGCGUUUCGCAGUUAUGCGAGUGAAUUGGACGCCAAACACGAUCGCCAUGAGCGAAUUCUAAAACUAAGCCGCGACAUUACAAUCGAAUCGAAGCGCAUUAUAUUUUUCUUGCAUUCGAUUGAUUCGCGCAAGCAGAAUAAGGCCAAAGUGCUCGAAGAAGCGCAACAACGUUUGAAGAAGCUGAUUGAGGUGAAUUUCCGAGCCAUUGCCUUGGAGCUGCGUAAUCAGGAUGUUUAUCAAUUUCGUGCCGCAUACUCGCCCGGCUUGCAGGAGUUCAUUGAAGCGUAUACCUAUAUGGAGUACUUGUCCAACGAGGACAACGGCGAGAACUCAAAGUCGAUAUCAGACUGGGCGGCCUUGCAGUCAAUUAUGCAAUAUGAAGUCGAGGCUGAGAAGGAGAAGCCCGUGCAAGACGUGGGAGAUUCGCCAAUGGCCGGUGAAGAGACAACAGUCAAAGCUGUGGAAAAAUUUCAGUUUUUCGUUGAUCCCACUGAGUACAUUUUGGGCGUUUCAGAUUUAACUGGCGAGUUGAUGCGUCGUUGCAUCAAUUCACUGGGCAGCGGGGAUACGGACACCUGCAUGGAGACCUGCAAGGCACUGCAGCAGUUUUACACAGGGUAUAUCAGUUUGAACUGUCAGCGUGCCCGGGAAUUAUGGCGCAAAAUAACGACAAUGCGGCAGAGCAUGCUGAAGGCCGAAAAUGUGUGCUAUAAUGUGAAAGUGCGCGGCGGUGAGGCAGCCAAGUGCGCCAGCUUUGAUCAAAAGCCAGCAGAAGAAGCCGAUGAAGGUUUCUUUUAAAUAGAUAAAUAGAUUCA